CCUGCACCCUCCCGCCCCCCUCCAGCCCGCACCCUCCCGGCCCUCCAGCCCGCACCCUCCAGGCCCCUCCAGCCUGCACCCUCCCCGCCCCCUCCAGCCUGCACCCUCCCGCCCCCCCCUCCCGCCUCCUCCAGCCCGCACCCUGCACCCCUCCAGCGCGCCCCCUCCAGCCUGCACCCUCCCCCCCCCCGCCUCCUCCAGCCUGCACCCUCCCGCGCCCCCUGCAGCCUGCACCCCCCCGCGUCCCCCUCCAGCCUGCACCCUCCUCGCGCCCCUCCAGCCUGCACCCUCCCGCGCCCCCUCCAGCCUGCACCACCCCCCCGCCUCCUCCAGCCUGCACCCCCUCCCGCCCCCUCCAGCCUGCACCCCUCCCGCCCCCUCCAGCCUGCACCCUCCCGCCCCCUCCAGCCUGCACCCUCCCGCCCCCUCCAGCCUGCACCCUCCCGCCCCCUCCAGCCUGCACCCUCCCGCCCCUCCAGCCUGCACCCUCCCGCCCCCUGCAGCCUGCACCCUCCCGCCCCCUCCAGCCUGCACCCUCCCGCCCCCCUCCAGCCUGCACCCUCCCGCCCCCUGCAGCCUAAAGAUGCCGUGGCAUGCCUUCAACCCGUGGAGGCAGCAGACUGUGAUGUCAGCGUGUGUGAGCAGCGUUGGAACACUGACCAUGGACGGGACACCUUCCGAAGGCACAAAUAG